AUGUUGUGGAGAACUGGAUUCGUGGUACGGGUUCUGAGCACUCGUCGCUACAGAGUCAGGAUCGUCGGAGGUAAAGGUGAGCGCUUAACGGAGGAGAAUCACUUCAAUUUAUGUCCACUGCAAGUGCGAAGGGACUAUGAGUCGAUGCCAUUGCCGGACAGAGCAGGUAUGAGGAUCCGAUGCAAGCUCACACACGACGACGGCACACAACAGCUGCACUGGGGUACUGUAGUGAAGGACUUGGCGGAGAAGGUACUCAUAUGUUGGGACGAAGCGGAUCCGGGCCAGAGUGCAUUUGAGAUAUUGAGAUUGGACGAGGAUCAGUGGGAUUGUGGCGAUUCCGAAGAUAACGCUGGAAGCAUCUCCGAGGGGGAGGCGUGUCGCGGCACCGAAUGA